AUGGAAAAUCUAAACCAUCCUUCGAUCAUCCCGGUCGAUGAGCAGUACAGUCGUUACCAGUUCACCGAGGGUGAGGCCGAUGACGACACUUCGGCCUAUUCGGUAGCUUCUUCGGCCUACAAUUUCAGAGUCGAGAAUGGCCGACGCUAUCACGACUACAAGGACGGCCAUCCUUUUCCUUACGACGAGGUCUCGGAGGAGAACGAAAUAGUUCUCCACGAGCUGUGCCUGCUGCUGCUCGAUAACAACUACUUUGUUUCUCCCGUUGACGAGUCUUCCUUACGCUGUGUGGCGGAUGUGGGAACAGGGUUGGGCCUGUGGGCGGAGGGAGUUGCAGAGAGAUAUCCCGACACACAGGUGGUAGGGAUCGACACCGCACCUCGUCCGAGUCCAGUCUUUCCCAAUCUUUCACACAUCAUGUUCGAUGCCACCGAAGAAUGGGUCUUGGACGAUCCUACCAUGAAGUUUGAUCUCGUGCAUAUCAGAUCGUUGUUUGUGGGAGUCAAGGAUUGGGAUGCCUUAUACAAACAAUGCUUCGAAAACAUGAAUUCCGGGGCGUGGAUCGAACAGAUGGAAGUGGAGAUUGAAGCUUUCACGGACGACGAAGAAAUCCUCCCUGAUAGUCACAUCACAGCCUUGUGCAACUUCACCCGAGAAAUGUCGGCAGCCGCGGGAAGAGAUUUUCAAAUCUCGUCCGCCAUGAAGCAGAAGGUCGAAGAGGCUGGCUUUGUGGAUGUGCAGGAACAGAGACUCAAACUGCCGCUGGGACCGUGGCCCACGGAUCCCAAACUGAAAGAUGUGGGACGAUUUUAUGAACGAUUCUACAAGACCGGUCUACAAGGUUGGCUAUUGCAGAUCUGUACCAGGUCUAUGGGAUGGACUGUCGACCAGGUCAACGAUGCCUGCAUCAAAGCUUUCCAGGAGAUCAACUCCCGUCAGCAACAUUUUUACUUUCCUCUGUAA